CCCGCCCGCCCGCCCGCCGCGCCGGGCUUCCCACGGCGCGCGCCCCGUGCCUUCCGCCCUGUCUCCUCGCUGCCCAGCUCAGUGCAGGCCUUGGCGGACAUGGCGCUUGUUCCUUGCCAAGUGCUGCGGGUGGCGAUUCUGCUGUCCUACUGCUCUAUCCUGUGCAACUACAAGGCUAUCGAAAUGCCCUCUCAUCAGACCUACGGAGGGAGCUGGAAAUUCCUGACGUUCAUUGAUCUGGUCAUCCAGGCUGUCUUUUUUGGCAUCUGUGUGUUGACUGAUCUUUCCAGUCUUCUGACUAGAGGAAGUGGCAACCAGGAACAAGAGCGGCAACUCAAGAAGCUCAUCUCUCUCCGGGACUGGAUGUUAGCCGUAUUGGCCUUUCCUGUUGGGGUUUUCGUUGUAGCUGUGUUCUGGAUCAUUUAUGCCUAUGACAGAGAGAUGAUUUACCCGAAGUUGCUUGAUAAUUUUAUCCCAGGGUGGCUGAAUCAUGGAAUGCACACAACGGUUUUGCCCUUUAUAUUGAUCGAGAUGAGGACAUCACACCAUGCGUAUCCCAGCAGGAGCAGCGGACUCGCCGCCAUAUGUACCUUCUCUGUUGGCUAUAUAUUAUGGGUGUGUUGGGUGCAUCAUAUAACUGGGAUGUGGGUGUACCCUUUCUUGGAACACAUUGGCCCGGGAGCCAGAAUCAUCUUCUUUGGGUCUACAACCAUCUUAAUGAACUUUUUGUACCUGCUGGGCGAAGUCCUGAACAGCUAUAUCUGGGACACACAGAGAAAGCCUCCAUCUUGGCAAGGUAUGGAAGAAGAGAAAGAGAAGCCUAAAUUGGAAUGAGAUCUAAGUCUACAUGGAAGAGCUGGAUGGAGCCGCCAUUGAAGACUCAUCCCCCCGAGGCAUUGGCAGUGCAGGAAAGGAAGCUUCAAAGAAAGCAGCAGAAUGCGCCUCCACUUCCCAGCCCCAGAGGACACCUUUUAGAGUGAAAUAGAUAUAAGAAUAGAAUCCAGCUGUUUCUAAAAUAACUCGCCCUCCGUUGUGUUUGAAAAAACUCUUUCCAAAUUCAUGAUUGAUAAUAACAGCGCUCUUUUUUCCUCUUCUAAUUAUUAAAACUAAAAUUGACCAUUGGAUUUUAAUAUGUGCAAUUGUAGUACCACUAAGAAUAAAAUUUUAUUGUGUUCUUAUUGAUAAAUUGGUGAAAAUCAAAGGGGCAGAUGUGGAGCAAGGCAUCCCUGCAUUUGUUCUACAGGUGGCUAGGAUAAUGAACCUGGGCCACAGUGGAAGUCUGGAGGAAAUGUGAUGGAUGGUCCCUAUUGCAAUAAUGUCACAGUUGCCUCAAACAGACAAUGUUAGUAAUAAGUACUUCGAUUUAGUCAAAACCCUGAAUGUUUUUGGAUCUCAUGAUUUGUGAAACUUUUCGUAAAUGCAAAGUAUAACUUUAAUAAAGACCAAGCAACCCCUAGUCUGCUAUCUGCAUGGUACAUCCCAAACCCUAAAAACGCAGGUGUCUCCUUUCUUACUUUGUUUCUAUUACCUAUUGAAAAAUGGGUUUACUGAACCUGGUUCUUACAAUUUGCUGAUUUUAAAAAUGUGUAUCUUUUUGAUAAAUCCAACACAAUUUUUUUGAAAAAAGCUAAUUUACGACGUGUUUGACCAUAAUUAUUUUUAAAUAAUACCAAUGCAGAAUAUGUAGUAGAAAACACAUAAAAAUAAAUCUUAGUGAAAUAUGAGGAAGGAACUACUAAAAAUAAAAGCAGAAAUGAUGUAAGGUAACAGAAAAAUUACAGUGGAAUUGAUUAGGUAUAGUAUCUCAUCUACGCAAAUAACGUUAAAAUAUGCAAAAUGCUGAUAUGUUAACUGAAAAGAAAGAGAAAGAGAAACACAGAAGCACAGAUGUGAAGCAAAUUUUUAACUAUAAAAAUGUAUACUUCUAUGGCAACAAAUGCUUAGAAACCAAUGAAAUGUGCAAUUUUCAAGGAAAAAAGGAGUAAGAAUUAGAAAGCUAGAAUGAACUGAUAUUCAUGGAAGAUAUUUUUUUAAUGUUCAACUGACUAUCUCCAAAAGAGGAGUUGGGUCCAGUAUUUUAUGAGCAAGUUCUUGAAAACUUGCAAGUAACAGUUCUCAUGUUAUUUAAAUCAUUCCAAAAUUACAGAAUGAUGAAACACUUCCCAAAUUAUUUUUCAAAACUAAUAAACCUCAAAACAAAGUCAACAUAACAAAGAAAAAAAUGUUUCACUUGCUUUAACGAAAAUACUAGCAACAUAAAUCCAACACUACCCAAAUAAUUUCUUAAAAUUAAAUAAGAUUUAUCUAAAAAUUCAAGGAUGGCUUAAUACUAGAAUUUUUAUUUAAAAUGUCUCAAUGCACAAAAGAAAAAAUCAUUUUUUUCUCUCCAGAGUUGAUCUAAGGCACUUGAAGAAUUUUAACGUUUAUUUCUGAUAAUACCACUAGUGAUAUAAAAAUAUCCCAUAUCAUGAGAAGGACUAGUCAUCUCAAAAACCAGAGGCAUUUCCUCUUAAGGUCAUAAAUAAGUUGUCCAUGACACAGCUAUCGUUGUUGUCCUGAGCUAUUUUGGAAUGUUAGAUCUGGCAUCCAAUAAGUUAUAUUUUAACCUGGAGAGAAAAAGUUUUAUGUUCAAAAAAGUAUUAUGUAACUAUAGAAUUGAUGUCAUUAAUGGGGGGAAAAUUAAAUGUGGUUAAAAAAAAAGAAAAAAAA